AUCACACGUCUGUCAUGGAAUCUGCCUCUUUAUAAAUGUAGGAAGAGGAAUGGUUCAAAGGUAGAAAACAUUCAGAGAUAAUAGCUUCUCACUGCCGUUCCCAGAAUGGCAGAAAAUGAAGCAAUUGGUCCUUCACAACGAAAGUAUAUUAGGCAACCACCAUCAGUUCCAUUUCUCUGGGAGGAAAGGCCAGGUGUAGCCAAAAAGGGCUGGCGGCCUGUGGUUUCUUCAGUUACCACCCUAGCUCUACCUUCUCCAGUCAAGCUUGUUGCCUCAGUCCCCUUCAACUGGGAAGAAAAGCCUGGAAAACCAUUACCUUGUUUCUCAGAGCCACCACCAGAGUCGGCACUUUUAACUUCACCAUCCCCUCCCAUGUACUCUCAAAGUCAUAAUGACGAGUACAGUUAUGAGGAAAAUGGUGGCAACGUCUAUCAUGGAGAUAAAGGAGGAAUAUUUGACUUGGAUAUUGAAUCAUUCAGUUUUGAGACAGAAGAUUCUCUCAGCUCUGCACCCUCUCUCUUGGCAAAUUGUCUGGUAUCAUCAGUAGCUGUUUCUUCUGCUGUUCCAGUGCCAAAAACUUCAUCAUCAGUUGACAUCAACGACCAGUUUGAAAUUGCUUCCUCGCCUGCCUCUGAAAGUGACGACAGUACCAACAGCUAUGCAACUGGCAGAUCAAGCCUUGCAGGUGCUUCUUUCUUGGAGUGUCUCUUUCCAUUAUAUUCACCCAGUUCUGGUUUUCUAGAGAAGCAUACAUACUCCAAAAACAGCACCGUCAGUCCAUCAGAGGUAACAGGUAGCCGUUUUGAUUAUGAAAGUGGUAACACCAUGGCAAAGAAACCUCCAACACUCGGAGAAUUGAUAAUGAUGAGCCGAAGGAGGAGCCACCAGAGAAAAGCUGUUCAAAUGGGAAAACAGAAUUUGUCGAUGGAAUUUAUAAAUAAUAAAGCUUUUGGCUGCUGCCUCUUUGGUGCUGGCAUCAGAAUUAUUGAAGGAUCACAGAGGAAGAGACACCAUCUUUUAAGACUGAAACUGAUAUAGCUCAAUCUCGUGUUACAAAAAUAAUCUGUUUGAGCUUUCAACUUCUAGUGAUGUGAACAUUUUACAACUUCCAGAAUGUAACCAUGAGUUAAAUACUUGAAUUGUGAUAGAACAAGAAAUCUGAAUUUGAAGUUACCAUCAA